AUGACCAGAUCACGUAGAAGCUCAAUUGUUCAAGAUAUAGCUUCGAAAAAUCUCGGCUCUCAUGAAUUACCUGUUUACACGGACGAUUUGUUGCAAAUAUUGAAAAACAUAGAGCCUCAUUGGAAUCCAGAGCCUUUGCAAACUGCUAAUCAUGGAAUUGACGAUAAGUAUAAAGAGUAUUUCGAUUACUUGGAACAAUUGGACUCAAAAAAUGGUUAUUAUACAAAGUUACGGGAGAAAAGCUCCAAUAUCGCGGGAAAACUGAGUUUAAUUUUGGAAAAGUUUGAAGUUAUUUCUGCUGACACCGAAGCAUUCCAACUAUCCACUGAUCCUCUUGCAAAGAAACUACUGGACUCAGAAGACACCUAUACUCAAAUACAGAACGAAUUACAGUAUUUCCAAAAUCUUGAUCCGAUAUCGAGAAAACUCAAUCAUUAUUCGUCGCCAAACAUUGUGUUAAGGGAUUCCUUCAAACAAAAUUUCGUGAAGAUAGACGAAUCUUUGAAAUUUUUGGAAGAACACUCGGAUUAUCUGGAAGCUGAUUCAUACCGUAUCAGAUUUAAGCAGUGUUUAAUCCGUGCCUGCUCUUUAGUCUCCGAUUACUUGAAUAAUCAAAUCAAAGCGAUAAAUACCGAUAUUACAUUAAGGCUGAAUGCAGGAGGUACACAAUUGGCUGCAAACUCACAAGACGCGUUAUUGUAUAAUAAAUUCGCAACAGUGGCACCUACAUACAUACAGCUAAUCGGGACAAUAAGCGAACAUGCGCGAUAUGAUGAGAUAGAAUCAGUACUUAAGGAUUGUGUCUCAACGUACUUCAAUUCUCGUGCAAGGCUUUUAAAGAAUUCCAUCUGGCUUCAAUUAAACCAAACCAUAGUUCGCUCCAAUCAAACUGUGAAAUUUAUCCAAGACAAUUUAUUGUACUUUGAAAACCUGGCACAUAGAGAAUUCAAUCUAUUUUCUCAAUUCUACCCUAUUAACGAAGACAUCGAAACUAGUUUCAACGAAUGGUGCAUGGAGCUAUUUGAACCUCUCUAUGAUUGUGUUAGAACUAGGAUACUUAGAGAAACAUCAAUUUCCACUAUUUGUGAUUCGAUUACUCUUUUGAAUAAAUACUACCAAAUGGAAGAGACUUCACCAGAAUAUAAGCUUCAAUUCCAACAUAUCAAAAUUGAUAUGCUAUUCAAACCUAUUCUCAAGGAAUGUCAAUCAAGGCUAAUCUUUAGAUCUCAAAUAUAUGUGGAAGAGAACAUCAACAGUUAUAAACCUAAAGUAGAUUCGUUUAUCAUACGCCAUAGAAAAACACCAAAAGAGGCUAAGAACAAAGCUAACGAUUUAGAUGAGAUAUCAACUUCAUUCUUCCAAUUAGAUGAGUUCAAUUCUGCAUAUCCUCCGCUAGUGUAUGGAAUUGCCUUACUAUCUAAGAUAUACCAAAUGGUUAACUCUACUGUGUUUGAUGAUAUUGCACACACGAUUGUUCAUGACUGUAUCAUGUCCUUGAAGAAAGCCUUCCAGCUGGUUUCUACAAACGCAACUAUUAACUUGUUAGAUACACAAUUGUCGUUACUGAAGAACUUGCUCCUAUUGCGUGACCAAAUUCAAAAUUUUGAUAUUCAAUACAUUUCCAAAGAAACUUACCUAGACUUUUCGGGUCUGCUAAAAGGUAUCAAUGAUAUCAGAAGGCGCACGAUAUCAGUGUUCCAGAUGGGUUUUGAUACUGUGCCCAAAAUAAUAAACAACAUGGUGGACGCCAGAUCUGAGUUAAUUGCAGAACUGCGGAAUACAAUCAACGGUAUCACAAAGACUGCUGCAGAUCAGAUUACCAAAGAUUACUUGUCAAUAUCAGAAACUGGGGACAAGUUAUUGGAACAAAACAUGGAGGUCAGGAAAUCAAUAGAAAUUAACUUGGUAUCCAUAUUUGAUCAAAUCAGCAACUUCAUCACCAACGAUGAAGUCAAAUCACAUUUAGUUGAUGCCAUACAACAAGAAGUUGUCUCAAGGUAUGCAAGCUACUAUGAAACUUUAGCAGACUCUGCGAAAAUAGACUCUCAAAAACUCUCAGAAAUAAUGUACAUUGAUGUUUUCCAAAAUUUCAUCAAUAAUGAGACAGCUAAACUCCUAGCUAAACCAUAA